AGGUUGAAUGAGGACCAUGUCUUGGUUGUGGCUUCUGGUGGUUUUCUCAAGUCUUCUAGUCUCUUCCGAGAGUCUCGAUGAUGUAGCAAUUUUGCAGCUAGAUUCCUGUGCUUUACAAAAUGGUAAGAAUGUUCAUGGAAAUGGAACAAUGUGUUUAAGGCUUCAUCAUUCUGCAUUUAAUGCAUUUUAAAGUUUUUUAACAGUGUUUCCAUAUAGGCCGUUUAUCUUUUUCUUUAGGGCAUGUUGCAAUGCUCCCAUUCUUAUUCUACAUUUCAGCUGCUAUACUCUACUCUAGCCUUUAUACUAGCUCUAUUAUUUUUAUUUGUAAAUGGACAUAUAUGGAUGGACAGCCAUAUAAAGAUUGAUAUAGAAAAUUACAAACAGAUAGAAAUUAUCUGGAAUACUGUUGUGUAGUUAAUAUAAAGUACAGAGGAAAUGGGGAGACCACAAGAUACACAUGUUGCUGCAUAAUUUCGUACAGAAUUGUAUUGCACAUAGCACAGCGUAAUCUCAAUUACUAUGUAUAACCAAACAAAUGGAAAAACAGCAAAAAUCUAAAAGAAAAUAUAGUACAACAGUGUAACAUUAUUUACUGAAUAUGCAUGCCAUGGUGCCUUCACUGAUGGUAUUGAGGGGACAUACUGCUCACUUCUACCAGAAUCUGGACUCUUGGGUGCUCCAAGGGCGUCUACAGAAAAAAUGUGUUUAAAAAAAAAUAUAAAAUUUAUUUCAGCACUUAAAGUUCAAAUAAUUCAGACAAAAAUGCACCUCUUGCAAAAAUGGUCCUACGUGUUUCACCACCUUGGGGUGCUUAGAGACCACUGCUACAAAUAUGUAAAAAAAAAGAAAGAAAAUGUUUGCAGCUUAUUGUUUGUCAUUUGUUUUUUGUUAUGACUUUGUUUUCGAAAUAUACAACUUAACUGUAUUUACAGUAUGUGAGUCUUAUGUACAAAUUUAGACAUUUUUAUAUUUUGCUGCAAUUGUUAGUAAGCUGCACUGCUAGCAAUGUCUUCAGGGUCCUUACAAAUACAUACAAGCAAAGUAUUUGAUGAUAAAUGAUCUGCCUAAUGUCUGCAAAUCCUCAAAUGUACACAUGUACGCAGACGGCACAGUAAUCUAUACAAGCAAAUCCAAUCUACCGCAGCUUGAGGCUGUGCUCCAAGACCAGUUCACAGAGGUAGAAAAGUGAAUCGCAAAAAAAAAACUCUUCCUAAAUACUGACAAAACUGUCACAAUGAUCUUUGGAACAGUACCUAAAUUACACAAAUGACACAAUUCCCACCUAUCCAUCAAAUACUUAGGUAUGUUGGUAGACCACAAUCUAUCUUUUGGCCUCCACAAAACUUGCAUCUAAACUUUAUCCAAAAUUAGGUGCCCUGUACAGAAACAAGUCCUGCCUAAGCCCUACAGUAAAGGAAAAGAUUGUACAGCAAAUGCUGAUGCCAAUCAUUGAUUAUGGGGAUGCAGUAUAUGCACCUACACCGCAAACCCACCUUAAUAAACCCAAUACAUUGUAUAACUCGUUUUGCCGAUUUUUGCUACAAUGUAAUUACAGGAUCCACCAUUGUGACAUGCUAAAAUAACUAAACUGGCUGUCGCUGGAAUCCAGACGCACCCUUCAUCUUUCCAGCCUUGGGUUUAAGAUCUUUUCUGGGAAGCUCCCCCCAUACCUGAACAGAAUGCUCUCCCCAGCUGUUCUCAUCUCCUAUAACCUCCGAUCCAGUACCAGCACUUUAUUUAGUCUACCUCAAUACAAAAAGUAUGCAGCCCGUUCCUCCUUUUCCUACAGAGCACCUCAAUUAUGGAACGACCUCCUGCACACUUUUAAAUCUUCCACAUGCCUAAAGUCCUUUGAGAGAUCCCUCUCUACAUACCUCAAAACACAAUGCACGUGUCAUGGUUGAUUAUAUAUUUUCUACCUGUUCUAUGUAAAAUUUUGUAUAUAUUGUUUAUUAGCAUUGUUUUUGUAUUUUAUUGUACCCUAUUGUAUGAAUGCAAUGUUUUGUGGACCAGGACAUACUUGCAAAGAAGAGAAAUCUCAAUGUAUCUAUCCUAGUAAAAUAUUUUAUAAAUAAAUAAAGAUUAUGUAUUUAUAUACUUUGACACAUCUACUAGGGAUGUAUAUGGUCAAAAAAUUUGGUUCGGUUCGGAAAUUCGGGUAAGUAAAAAAAAUUAGUCUGCUUUGGCAAUUCUGACCAAUGGCAUUCGGUUUGGCACUUUAGAACUGCCAAAUCACAUUUGGUUUGGACCUUUGGUAUUUAGGCACGCGGCAUUUGGGCAAUUAUUUUGGGAAUUCGGCAUUUGGCAUGCCAUUUGUAUCAGGCAUUCGGCAGUUCGGAAAGUCAUUCCUUUUGAUAAAUAAACAUAAGCUUUUUUUACAUUGCAUAGUGGACCAAAGCAGCACCCAGAUCCCUUAAUCUUAAAGAAGUGGUUUGGGUUUAGUUAAUAAUUAUUGGUGAUAGUUUAGUAUAUAUAUAAGUUACAAAAUUAUAUUUUCACUGCACAGAUAGUACAGCCAAUCAGGGAGCACUAUCAACAUGCAACACUUCUGCACACUAUAUAAUCCCAUCCCUGUGACACCAUCUUUGUGGAGAGUUUAUGAGCAGAGAGUGAGCAGAGAGAAAGCAAUUUGUGUCUGAACAAGCAAGUGAGAGUGUGUGAGAGAGGGGAGAAUGUGAGGAGGACAUGGACGACCCAUUAUGGUUUCUUUUGUUUUAUUGAUUUUUGUAUUUAAAUUAAAUCACAGAAAACUAAAAAACACAAAAUUAAUUAAUUAAUUAAGAUACAACCUGGCAAUCAGGCUACCUGGCAACAGCUAAAAAAAACCCACAAAAUUAAUCACUGUAGCAAAGUCACAGUGCAGCAGAGAGACACCGUGGCAAUCAAUCUACCUGGCUUGCGCAUCCACACACUCUCAACCCCCUUCAAAAAAAGAAGAAAAAUGCAGAAGAAAAAAAAGGCAAAACUCUCUCUCUCUCCCUGGAACACACACUUAAAAGCAAUGUGGCUCCCCAAGUUUGCAACAAGUAAAGUACAAUAAAUGUAAUGUAAUUUAUCUCUCUCAGUCUCUUGUGCUAUCACAACUAGUCUGGUCACAUGAAUGCAAGCCAACACCCUGGCACCCUGACAGAUUUAUAUACUAUGCCACCUCAAUGACUCUGUAUACCUUCAUUGGCCAAGUGUCAGUGACAAAAUCACCAUUAAUUGGCUGUCCUCUAACAUCAAUCACAAAAAUGUGCUCAUUUCAUUGGAAAGGGAAUAGUAAAACCGGAUUUGCAUGCAAUCAUUACAUUACACAAAAGGGAUUAGCUUAUUGGUCAAGAUUCCUGUCAUUAUUCACGUAAUUUUCCCUCCCUCUCUCUUGUUUUGCCACUUUUCAGAAAUCUGAAUCACUUUGGCACUUCAGAGCUUUGGCACUUCCGAACUACUGAACUUCGUCACUUCAGAACUUCGGCACUUCGGACAUUCGUUAGCAUCCGAAUGUCUGAAUGGCAUGAAAUUCAUAUGAAUGUACAUUUGGAACAAAAUGAAUUGCACAUCUUUAACAUCUAAUAUAUGUGAGAAAAAUAUAAUUUUUGGUUUUAUACAUAUAUAUCAGACCCCGUGUCAAUAUUGCAAAAUAAAGAAUACUCUAUACUGUUUCAAGUUUUUAAUUUCCCAAAUAUUUUUAUAAAGGCAAAAUAAGUGAAAAAUAAAAAUCUUAAGAAUUUCCGUAAUUUUAAUUUAUACAUUUGUCUGAAAAGCAAAUGAUACAGAAAAUUGCUGUGUUAUGCUAGCUAUACAUCCCUUGCUAGAAAUACAUCUAGUGAAGGGAUUAAUAAUAACACACAUUUUUGAGGUUGGAAUAAAUAAAACAACCUUUUAUGAUAUUCACUUAUUGGUGAAAGAAGAUAGUAGGAUGGAUAGACAUGUCUAUGCCUCUUCUGACAGCUGCCAUCAUUCUGAAUGGCUUAGUAAUGAAAAUAAUAUAUACAAGACUUAUGCAAAAAUAAGUUGGAAUAUUGAAUAACACAUUUUAAAGCACUGUCUAUUGGACCUUAUUGCUAGAACUAACAAUGAGGUUGAGGUGUAAAUCUAUAGAAUAAGCCUGGAUUUUGAGUGGCUGGAUACUUGGAUUCAUGAUACGAUAUUUCUGGAAAUGCAGUAUGGAGCUUUAUACUCCAGAGUCUAUUAUUACUUUGGCAUGCCAAAGAUCUACUUCUAGUCUAGGAAUUUGUCUGCUGUGGUAUGCCGUAGCACAUGAUAAAGAUUAUGGAAGUCAAAAGAAGGCCCAUUUUGGGAGAUAUGAGUCAGACAAAUAGUUAGAAAUUAUUGAUAUUCUAGAGGUCUGGUAUGAACUGGAGGAACAUGUGGCUGAAGAAUGGAAGUAGUAAAUUGAAUGUAAAGAGUUCCAGGAGGAGAACGUGUUAGCUGGGAUCUGAGUGGUUGACCAGAUCAUUCACCUGAUGAGCUUCCUUUGGAGCAGGGCCGUCUUUAACAAGGGGCAAACGGGGCAGCUGCCAGGGGCCCAAUAACUCCUGGGGGGCCCAAAGUAGCUGCCCCGUGGGCCCCCUGCCACAACUAAGACUGAACAGCCCACCGGUGGGCUGUGGCAGGUGAAGUAAUCCCUUUAAGAGUGCUCCUAACCGGCCUCUGUCUUUCUGCCUGCUGGGAGGUGAGAUCACUUCCUCCCAAGUAACAAGAGUGCCUCUGGGGAGGAGAAGACACACAUGGAAGUGGAGGAGGAGACACACACAGGAGGAGAGGGACUGAGGAAGCCAAGUUCCUCAGACUCCCAUCAACCUCAGCCGUCCAGCUCCCACUGGACCUCAGGGAAGCCACCCUUCUGUAAAGGUAAGGAGACAGGAGGGUGGCUAAACUUAAAUUGAUAUAAAUGUGUGGGUAACUGACUGUGUGUAUCUGGGUGUGUAUCUGACUGUGUGUGUGUAUCUGACUGUAUGUGUGUGUGUGUGUAUGUUAAGUAUUAGGGUGUUAUGCAGUCCACCUUCCAGUAGAUGGCAGCAUAGGGAAGUUAUGCACUUGUUAUGUUCUGUUAGUCUCUCUUGUUUUUAUAUUAUGUGUGUGUACUGAAGUAAAGAGAAGUUCUAUUUUACUACAAUGUCUGAGAGCCAUUUUGUGAAUAUAUAACAUGCUAAUACACCAAACUGGCGACGAGGAUUUGGUCGCCAGUUUGGCGACGAGGAUUUGGUGUAUUAGCAUGUUAUACACUGCAGAAUAUAUAUACAGGAAGUAAAAUCACCCUGAGUGAGGAAGUAACACUUUUCUUUUGGAAUUCUAUUAUCUACAAAUAUCUCCAGCAUGGCUUCUCUGGGACACAUGGAGGAAUUUGAUCUGACUAAUCCAGCCUCAUGGGACUCAUAUGCUGACAGGUUAGUGUUUUUUACAUGAACUAUCUGCCUAUAAAGGGUGCCUAUUAUGGGGAAACAGAGUGGUUAUUCCAAAUGCAGGACAAGCUCGAGUAUUGCAUGCUCUUCAUGAAUAGUUUGCAUGAAAGCUUUAGCCAGAAGUUAUGUUUGGUGGCCUAAAAUGGAUGAAGUUAUUGAAAAGUGGGCGAAGAACUGUGUACCAUGCCAAUCUACUCGUCAUGCUCCACCUAAAGCCUCAGUACAUCCUUGGGAAGUGAUUAGAUCACCUUGGUCCUGUUUACAUAUAGAUUUUGCUGGCCCUUUUCAUGGACGGAUGUUUUUUUUAGUUGUUGACUCCUUUUCAAAAUGGUUAGAAGUUGUUCCAGUUACAUCUGCUACCUCAGUCACAGUCAUAAAGAUUCUAAGGAGGCUGUUUGCUACACAUGGGUUGCCAGAUACAAUUGUGUCUGAAAAUGGAACACAAUUUACCUCAUCAGAAUUCAACAUUUUCAUGGCAAGUAAUCUUAUUCAACAUGUUACGAUUGCACCACUUCACCCAUCAUCAAAUGGUCAAGCUAAGCGUAUGGUUCAGACUACCAGAGACUCAUUAAAGAGAAUUAUUGAAGGAGAUUGGAAUCGUUGACUUGCAAAUUUCCGUCUGCAACAAAAUGUGACACCAUGCUCAAGCACUGGUAGUAGUCCAGCAGAGCUCCUUAUGAACCGGCAUCUUAAAACUAGUCUUGAUCGUUUACAUCCUGAUUUGACAUCUGAGUUACAAGAGAACCAAGAAUUGCAAUUCAAUAAGAACUAUAAUGCUUCCACUGUGAGAGUAUUUGCACCUGACAGUGCUGUCUAUGUCAGGAAUUAUGUUUCUGGGCCUAAAUGGAUACCUGCAAAAGUACUUGUGGUCACAGGACCUUUGUCAUACAAAGUUCAAAUUCCUGAUGGUAGAAUAUUACGAAGGCAUGUCAAUCAGAUCCAGGAACGGAGUGAUGAGAUUGUGCCUGCUGUCGGUCCCACUCAUACCGGGUUUUCUGUGAUACCAGAUGAUGUCGAACCACUGGGUGAUACAGGUGUCAGUUCUCCAGGAGUUGUUGUUGCAGAACCAGUUCCUUGAGAGCACAGGAAGAAGGGAUGGGCACAACUGAAGGUCCAGGUGAAGCAGCUCCAAAUAUGGUUCUGGGGCACCCAUUAAGAAAUAUUCACUCUCCCAGUUAUCUCAAAGACUUUGAGGUCUAGGGGGGAGGAGUGUUAUGUAUUGGGGUCUUAUGCAGUCCACCUUCCAGUAGAUGGCAGCAUAGUGAAGUUAUGCACUUGUUCUGUUCUGUUAGUCUCUCUUGUUUUUAUGUUAAUAUGUGUGUGUACUGAAGUAAAGAGAAGUUCUAUUUUACUACAAUGUCCGAGAGCCAUUUUGUGAAUAUAUAACAUGCUAAUACACUAAAGUACUCUGUGUGUGUGUGUGUAUCUAUCUGUGUGUGUGUGUGUGUGUGUUUGUAUAUGGCUGUGUGAGUGUCAAUGCAUGUGCAUAUUUGUGUCCGUGUUUAUGUGUAUCUAUGUGUAUGUAUACCUGUGUCUUUGUACUUGUGUGUCAGUUUGUAUGUGUACCUGCAUGUCUGUGUAUGUGUACCUGUGUGUAUGUGUAUAUGAGUGUCAGUUUGUGUCCAUCUUUCCAGUACCAACAUUGCACACAUAUACACUACUAAAUUCCAACGCUAACACUGCACACAAAUACACCACUGCAUGUGUACCCGUGUGUCUGUGUGUAUUUUAGUGUGUUUACAUAUCUGUGUAAGUGUGUGUAAGGGUGUAUCUCUGUGUGUGGAUGUGCCAGUGUUUUUAUCUGUGUGUAUGUGUGUAUACGCCAGUCUGUUUGUGUCAGUCUGUGCAUGUGUCCAGAUUUGUGCAUGUAUCAGUGUGCUAAUGUGUAUGGAUAUCUGUGAAUGUAUGUCAUACAUCCCAGCAAUCAAACACAACAUGCAAACACACCCAUUACAUACAAACACACCCCUGCAAACACACACAUUACAUACAAACACACCCCUGAAUUCAAACUCAAAAAGUAUAUAGAAACACACCCCUUCACUCUAACACCAAUACUACACCCUACAUGUACACACAUAAUCUAUACAACAGCAGGCUCACAUUCAAAUGUAAAAACACUGCUCACAAAUACAGCCCUGCAAGAAUGGCCAUAGCAUCGUGGAAAUUGGCAUAGCAUCGUGGAAAUUGUACAACAGAUGAGGAUCUAUCUUUUAUCCAUUCUUGUGCUAGAGGGGAGGCCCACAAAAUGUCUUGCACCAGGGCCUUCUCUACAUUAGUUCUGCCACUGUGUUGGGGUGGAGGGCAUGAGUGCAUGCCAGGGGUGGAAGUGUUUGGAGGGGAAGGGCAGGAUCAGGGGGCCCAAGCAAAUGCUUGCCCAGGGUCCAAUCAAUGUUAAAGACUUUGGAGGGGUCUCUCCUAAACACAAUGGGGACUAUGAAACUUAGGUGAGUGGGGACUCAAUUACCCUCUUGCAGUGGAAGCAUUGUUACUGGGACAGAUCACUGCUGUUCUCUGUCCUACACAGCAAUGUGGGUCUUAGGGAUCAGGGGCAGGUAACCUCCCUCCCUAACUGCUGAGCAAAAUCCAUGAAGGCUGCACAGACACAUCUCCCAAUCAGCAGCAUGUCCAUCAGGGAGUUGAUACAGGUUACACCCCUCCUAAGCAACACUGUGAAUUUUAGGGGGAAGGUGCAGUAGACAUCUCUCCUGCAGCAGUUUGUGCAUCAUAGAACCAGUGCAGGUGGAACGCCACUCCAAUGACAGAAUUGAUUCCAGGGAGAAGAUAUAGUUGGCAUCUCUCCCGAGCAGCAGUGCAUGGCUUUGAGAGUUAGUGCAAGUGGCAUCCCUCCCCAGCUGCAGAUGGGACCAGAAAGAGGAGGUGGAUGGCACUUCUCUCCAGCAGAAGUGUGUGCAUCAGGUAGCCAGGGUAGGUGGCACACCUUGGAUAUCAUGAGUACCAGAGAGAAUCUACAGUCAUCAUCUCUCCCCAGUGGAAUUGCAUGGUUUUGGGAGUGGGUGAUGGUGACGCCACACUCCAGCAGCAGAUGGUGACUUUGUGGCACCUCUCUAUGGCAGGGUGAAGUAUGAGGAGCAGAUGGCUUCUCUCCCCAGUGGCAGAGUGAUAUCAAUGAAAAGAAUGUAUCUGGCAGCUCUCCCCAGCAGCAGAGUGAUAUACAUGGACUCUGUACAGACAUCACAACUCUCCAGUGACAGAUGAUCAUUUGGAGCUGGGGAAGGUGACCCUAGCGGCAGAGUGAAAGGGUGCAGCCAGCAUCUCUCACCAGUGGCAGUAUGUUGUUCCAGGGACCACUGUGGAUAGCACCUCACAUUUGUAACUUGCUACUGGUGCACAUUGAUCAUCUUUUGGAGAUGGGGAUUCUUUCUAAAGUCUGUGAGAGUAAAUAAACUUUUUGUGACUCAUUUUCCAAUUAACUGGGACACAGACUGAUCUGAGUUUUUGUGCACGGUUAGCCUACCAUUGCUGGAAGGAGAGAAAUGUAAUGAGAGUUUCCCUACCUUUCAAUGGCUUCACAAUGAACCUGUGCUUUUUGGAGGAACUUGGAGGCCAGCCUCCUUCCUAGAGACUAGGAACCCUCUGUUAUGGCUGAAACUAGACUCAGUGGAUGCUGUGGCUAACAAAAUGGUUGGGACUUUCUAUACUGUGUUGUUAAAUGUAUUGCGUGUCCAUUUUGUGCAUCACUUUCCUACCCAUCCCUUCCCUGUUGUUUUUUUCUAGCAGGGUUUUGUCCCAUUGUACCAGGAGAGGGCUUCCACACUAGAUCAAACUGACGACUCUGUCACUCCUUUAAGUUUCCUUUGUGGUUUACAGUCCUUGUGUCAUACAUGAAAUGGAAUUUUGAACACUUUAGUAGAUUGUGCCCAAAUGCAAAACAAAGAGAGAGAGAUCAAUAACACUCAAAUGAAGGCAAUUGCAAUGACUCCAGUAAUAAGAGUUUGAGAAUUACUGUUUAUGAAUUUUUUUCCACAAAUGAGCUUAGAUAAGAAGACAAAAAUAGAGCAAUCCACAGUUUAAAGUCCAGUAACAUAGAACAUAGAAACAUAGAAUGUGACGGCAGAUAAGAACCAUUCAGCCCAUCUAGUCUGCCCAAUUUUCUAAAUACUUUCAUUAGUCCCUGGCUUAUCUUAUAGUUAGGAUAGCCUUAUGCCUAUCCCACGCAUGCUUAAACUCCCUCACUGUGUUAACCUCUACCACUUCAGCUGGAAGGCUAUUCCAUGCAUCCACUAACCUCUCAGUAAAGUAAUACUUCCUGAUAUUGUUUUUAAACCCUCUAAUUUAAGACUAUGUCCUCUUGUUGUGGUAGUUUUUCUUCUUUUAAAUAUAGUCUCCUCCUUUACUGUGUUAAUUCCCUUUAUGUAUUUAAAUGUUUCUAUCAUAUCCCCCCUGUUUCGUCUUUCCUCCAAGCUAUACAUGUUAAGAUCCCUGAACCUUUCCUGUUAAGUUUUAUCCUGCAAUCCAUGAACCCCAAUCUAUCUGCACCAAAGCAAAUCUCAUCAGCCCCUCUCUGGUUUUAAUGUGGCUUUAAUUUUGGAGUGAGUCCUCCCAUAAUCCACAAUGAUAACAGGCACAAAUUUUCAAUUAAAAUAAAAAAUGUGGUGCAAGUAAAAUGUUUUCUUCUUAUGGGUUUGUGCAUAUCAAUGUUUAUGCUUUGUUUUAUUUACUUUAUUUGCUUUACAUACUAAACACAGCAAACAAAACUGUAUAAACUGCCUAAUUUAAUCAAUUUUCUCAUGUGUUACGUAAUUCCAGUGGUGACGGACAUUCUUACAAAUAAAGAAAUUUUGGACGCAAUGGCAAAGUCACCAGCUGCCAAGAAAGCCCUGGGCAAGAAGGGAUCCAGUCCGAUAAAAGGCAUUUCAAAGUAAGCAAGAUUUAAAAAUGUUUCUCAUAGCCAUAUGUUUUGUUUAGAGCAGUGGUCCCUAAACUGCCGCAUUUACUGGCCCUAUAGUGUAAUGUACAGUGUUGGUGUUUGAAGGAGUGCUUGUAUAUAUUUAUUGUGUUUUAAUACAGGGGUGUGUUUGUAUGUGAUGUUUGCGUUUGAUUGCAGGGGUGUGUCUGAAUGUAAUGUUCACUUUUAAAUGUGGAUGUACAUUUGUGUGAAGUAUUUGUGUUUGAGUGAAGGGGUGUGUUUGUUUUGUUGUUUUUUUUCUUUGAAGGCAGUGGUGUUUUUGUAUGUAAUAUUUGUGUUAGAUUGCAGGAGUGUGCUUGUAUGUUGGGCUGGUGUUUGACUGCUUGGAUGUAUGCACAUACAUACAUACAUACAUACUUACACAGAUAUUCAUGCAUAUUAACACACAGAUGCAUGUAAAUACACUGAAACAUACACACAAAUUCAUAUAGAUACCAACACAUACAGAUACACACCGACAUAUACACACAUGCACCCUGACACACAAACAUUGAUACAUGCCCACACCAUGACACAGAUACACACUGACAUAAAAACACACUUCCUGACACACAGAUGCACAUACACAGAUGUGUGACAGCACACAGACACAAAAGCAUACUGACAUAUUACAACUACAUGUCUGUUCGUCCACCCAUUGUAAAGCUCUAUAAAUAUCAUAAUAAUAAUAAUAAUAUAUAUAUAUAUAUAUAUAUAUAUAUAUUUACACACACAGAUGCACACCCUGACACAUACAAACACUCACACACAUACAAACACUCAUACACACACACUCAAACUCAUACACACUCACACACAUAUAUAUACUCACUCAUACUCACACACAUACUCAUACUCACACACACACACACACUCAUACACAAGUGAUUUUUUUUUUCUCCAGCUACCCUCCUGUUAGCUUACUUUAUGUGCCAGGAGGGUGGCUUGGAAUGCUGUGGGAGUGAGGGGUCUGGAGCUCUUCAUGCUCCUCUACCCUCACGCUGUGGCUGCCUCCUCCCACGCUGUCUCCAUGCAGGAUGCUGGGUCAAAGUGACAAGCUGUCACUUCCUCCCAGCCAGCUGACAGGGAGACCGCCCGGUCGUGGUCUUAAAGGACCGCGGCAGUUGACCUGGUCACUGUUGAGCAGUAAUGUUCUGCGGCACCCCUGUGUGCGCACAGUUUGGGAACCGCUGGUUUAGAGCAUGAAACCCCCAGCCAUCACGCAAUUCAACUUUUUCUACUUAGGACUGUAAUUGCCUAUUUGUUAAUGUUUGUGUGCACAGAGUCUACAAUCAUAUCAAAUCAUAUCUCUUAGACCAGCGGUUCCCAAAGUGUGGGUCGUGACCCACUGGUGGGUUGCAGGGCGAUUCCCAGUGGGUUGCGCUGACCCAGACACCCAGGGCCGCCGGGGACUUGGGCACGCAGAUUGACACCAGGAGGGGGCCCGGCGGCUUGCCCUGUAUGCCGCCGGGCUCCCUCCAAUCAGUCUGCCCAGCACCUCCAGUCUGCUGCUCCGCCGGGUGCAGAGCUGCAGACCGUGUGAUAGAAGUCUCGCGAGCACCCAGAGCGUUACUAUGGCAACACUCAGGGAGCUCACAAGACUUUUAUUACACUGUCUGCAGCUCUGCACCUGGUGGAGCUGCAGACCAGAGAGUUACCCCACCGGACCACCAGGAAGACACUGGACCACCAGGGAAUUUAUUACAGACCCUCUCCCCCCCAUGUAAUCCCUUCACUCCCUGCCCCCCUGUAACUCCUUCACUCCCUGCCCCCCGUAACCCCUUCACUCCCUGCCCCCCUGUAACUCCUUCACUCCCUACCUCCCCACUGUAACCCCUAUUCUCUCUGCUCCCCCUCAAUGUAACCCCUUUACUCCCUGCCCCCCUCCCCCCACUGUAACCCCUUCACUCCCUGUCCCCACCCUCCCCAUGUAACCCCCUUCACUCCUGCCCCUGUAACUCCUUCACUCCUGACCCCCGUCCUUCACUCUCUGCCCCCUGUAAACCCUUCACUCCCUGACCCCCAUUGUGACCAUACUCUCCUGCCCCACCUCAAUGUAACCCCUACUCUCCCUGCCCCCACUGUAACCCCUACUCUCCCCUACUCUCCCUGCCCCCACUGAAACACCUACUCACUGCCCCCUCAAUGUAACCCCUUUACUCCCUGCCCCCUCCCCUCGCUGUAACCCCUUCACUCCCUGCCCCCCACUGUAACCCCUUCACUCCAUGCCCUACCCCCAUGUAACUCCCUGCCCCCCUGUAACCCCUUCACUCCCUGCCCUCCACUGUAACCCCUUCACUCCAUGCCCUCCCCCCAUUUAACUCCCCUGCCCCCUCCUGCCCCCUGUAACCCCUUCACUCCUGCCCCCCCACUGUAACCCCUUCACUCCAUGCCCUCCCCCGCCCCUUCACUCUCAGCCCCUGUAACCCCUUCACUCUCCCUGCCCCCACUGUGACCCUACUCUCCUGCCCCACCUCAAUGUAAGCCCUUUAUUCCCUGCCCCUCCCCAUUGUAACCCCUUCACUCCUGCCCCUCUGCCCCCACUGUAGCCCCUUCACUCCCUGCCCCCCACUGUAACCACUCCCUGCCCCCCCCCUCAAUGUAACCCCUUUACUCCCUUCAUGGGAGCCAAGGAGUGGGAAAAAGGACCUAGUCUCUUUGUCUCCCUGGUACAGAAAGCCCACCACACAUGCAAGGGGUCUUCCACACCAAACGACAGGGGUCUUCAUCACAGGAUCCUCUGUGCCUGGGAGCCCGGGUGCGGGGAAAGGGACCUAGUCUUGUCUCCCAGGCACAAAAAGCCUGCCAAAGUAGCCAGUGCCCCAAAAGUGUCCCCACCAACCUUAGAAACCCCCACACAAGUAUAUUUCCCGAUCAGUCUCUGUUUGUGAGGCUCCUGUGCAAACACCAGGCAAGGGAAGCGUCUCCUUUCGGGAUACGAAUGCUCCCGCUGGUUGGCGUUCGUCUAUACGAAAUGGCGGCCACUCAGGAAAGCAAUCAUUAAUACUUCCAUUGCGGUUUCGCGCUUCUGUUACUGGUGUGACCGUUUUAAUUAAUUGGGGUGAACAUUCUAAUGGAGCACCGGGGUGCCUCCCAGGUGUUCUACACACACUGCCCCAAACACACACACUGCAACUCUCACACACACUGCCACCCUCACAUACACACUGCACUGCUCACACACACACACUGCAGCUCUCUCACACACACACUACCCCACACAUACACUGCCCCCUAACACACACCCUGACCUACACUGCUGCCAUCACACACUUGCCAUCACACACUGCACCUUUCACACACACUUCACCCCUAACACAUACCACUGCUCCUAUGCCCUAUAUCCCAGCAGACACCAGGUAAGUUGUCAAACUGUUCUUAAACGGUUUGACUACUUACUCUGGGAUGGGUUCCUGGCACUACUGGCGCCAUAACUACUACACUGAGCUGUAGUGGUUAUUGUGCCUGGAUUAUUUCUUUAAAUGAUCUACAAGUGCCCCUCCCGAGAUCAGGCUCUGGAUCCGCCACUGCAUGGAGGUUAGCUGACCCAGGUUAUUGCCCAGUAGAACAUCUGCCGGUACGUGGUUCUUGAGCCCGACCUCCACUAUCCGGUGUCUUGCAGACCCUGUGCGGAGUGUCCGUUUAACUGGACCGGCUGCCUGUGAUGAUCCUGCUUCUCUGCUGUGGCUUGGAUGGAAUCUGCCUUGUGCAAGAAGGUCCAUUGGGAGUUGGAGCAUAUGUGAGGGCAGCCUGGUAACAGUGGGCUGCUUGCGGUGCAGGAGAGGGUCACAGGGGAAUCCACUGGAACCAUUCCCUCGGCUGAGUGCAAUCCCUCCUCAUGUGGCCAUACCUGUGGCAUUGAUGGCACUGGAUGGUGGCCCGGUUGGGUGCCCUCUGGGUUGGUACCGGGGCCAGUGGACCUCUGAGUGGGGGGGGCUGCAGUCAGGGCCAACGGUGGUGUAGGGUGCCGGAGGGAUCUGUAGCCGAGAUCGGCGGGCAUCCACAUACUCAUCUGCCACUGGGCUGCUUCGUCAGGGUCCUGGGUUGCAUCUCUGUGGACAGGCCAUUAUAAAACUGCUUUAGCAGGAACAGUUGGAGAAUUUCUUCAGGGGACUUGGCAUGUUGGGAGUGCAUCCAGAUUUGGGCUACCCAUAUUAAAUGGCAAGCCCACUCCGCAUGGGAAUCCUUCUCACCUUUCUUGGACUCCCUAAAUUUCCUGCGGUACCCCUCCGGGGUCACGGCAUACCUAGUCAACAGAACUUGCUUCACAAUGGCAUAAUUCCACAGCUCGUCUUCAGGCACAGCUCGGUAGGCGUCCCCGGCUUUCCUCAUUAGCAUCCCUGCCAAAAAAGGGGCCCAAUCCGAUGGGGCAAUGCUGUGCAGUAGGCAGAGGCAUUCAAAGUCUUGCAAAAAGCCAACAAUGCCCUUCUCUGAUUCUGAAAAAGUCUUGAAGGCAUCGUAUGGCAACUUGGGCUUUUGUUAGGUAGUUGGGGGGACUAGCAAAAAUAAAGAGUAUAAAACAGUACAAGAAGCACUGCUUUUGCCAUGCACUUAGCAUCUGUAUAGUAAGUUAGUGGUUAGUGUUACCACAGCACCUCUGAGUGAUGUAAUGCAUGCGCCAUGCAUCUUGAGUGCAUGACAUGUACCUCAGACAUUUAAAAAAUGAUGCAUGGAAUACAGUUCGUGGAGGUAAUUAUUCUACAUUUUCCACAUUAAAACAAAUGAUUGUAGGUUGAGGUCAAAAUAUAAAAUGUAGGGUUGAAUAUUAAAACUAUGGACCACGUAUGACUUGUUGGGGUCACUUCUCUACUCACCUAUAUACAUGUGAUGUGAGAUAUGAGUAUCGUUGGCUUGUGAAAUAAUAAAAGCUGAGUUCCAUAUUUGCUUUGUCCUUUCUAUAAUCCACAGUAUUAAGGUUGAAGAUCUCAAGUUCAGUCAAAUUUCCCUGAACAUCAUACCUGGUACUGGGAUCAGGAUGUCUGUAACAAACAAGAUAUUUAUCACUGGGAAAAGGUGAGAAGUACUGUCUUGGAAAUAGACGUUUGUAUGUGGUUUUUAUCAAGAGGAAACAGUCAAAAUGACAGGGACAUGUGGUUCUGUGGUUUAACAGUUUUCUUGGUGGAAAGACAGAGAUGAAAUUGGAAGUAAACAUUGUAACCUAUACAAGUCUUGAAAAGGACAACUCUAGCUGUCCCAGAUUCGUUAGAAGUGAAUGCCAGAUUAAUAUCAUCGACGUUAAGGCCAACUUGCCAAAGGGGUAAGAAGCUUAUUAAAAUAUAAUGGUAUGAUUCACAUAAAAUCAAAAUUACUAAAUACACUUUUGUUUUCUUCUUUCUUUUCUUUCUUCUACUUUUUUACAGAAUUUUGCCAAAUGUAAUGAAUAAUUUCCUAGAUAAAAAUCUCAAACUUCUUCUACCAAAAACGGUGAGCAAUAUAAAACUAUAAGAAAUGUUCCACAGGAAAUUAAGAGAUCCCAUUUCUGCCUUAAGAAGGCAAUAAACACAAACAUGAUAAUCCAGAAGUCCUUUUCAGUGUGAAAUACUCACCUUUUAAAGCAGCUUUCCAACAGUGUUCUAUUUUUACUAAAGGGACACUAUAGGCAUUAAAACAACUUUAGCUUAAUGAAGCAGUUUUUGGUGUUUAGAUCAUGCCCCUGCAGUCUCAUUGCUCAAUUCCUUGAUAUUUAGGAGAUAAAUGCCUUUUGUUUCUGUUUAUGCUGCCAUAGCCACCCCCCCCCCCGGCUGUGACUCACUCAGCCUGCAUGAAAAAAAUGGUUUCACUUCCAAUCAGAUGUUAGCUUGCUUUAGAAGUUUUUAUUUUCUGAUUUGUAAAUCGAACUUUAAUCACACGCAUGAUACUCCUGCAGAGUCUAGAAGGCUAUUAACAGUGCAGGAGAUAAGACAUUCUAAAUUAAACAGAAUGUGCAAUAAAGGAAGUUUAAACAUUACACCUGUCUUUACAGGAAGUGUUUAGUAUGAGUGUGUGAGUAACAUGCAGGGAAGUGUGACUAUGGCUAUAUAAACAAACUGAUUUGACUAAUAAAUGGCAGAGAAUUGAGCAGUGAGACUGUAGGAGCAUGAUCUAUACACCAAAAUUGCUUAAUUAAGCUAAAGUUGUUCUGGUAAAAGAAAAAGGAGGGGUGUGUCGGGUGCUCACUCCAAAAUAAACGGUUAGAUAGGCAGCAGUAACCAAUACAAGGAUUCCCAGCCUUGUCGAAAAAACAGUAUAGAAAAGGAAAAGAGGAAACCGCGCCUUACAUAAGUUGUAUAUACAUACACUUGAUGUCUCAUAUAUAUCCUCAAAAAGAGAACACAAAGAGAAAAUAUACAAUAGUGUGGUAUGUUUAACAAUAUUAGAAAAAAGUAAUGAAUAGAGCGGAGGUAUUUUAAACUCACAUUUGGUAGAGCUAUUAUGGGAGCUCUACCGUGAUUUGCAUGGACGGUACAAUCCCCGUCUUGGGAUUAGAGGUCCAACGUCUUUGGCACUCCGAUGGCGUGGUGGUACAAAUAAAAAUGGAAAAGAAGAAACUCCAAUGGUAUAUUAGUUCCAGCUCCAAGUAUGAAUAAAUAAAUGAAAGUAAUAUACUCACAUUUGCUAGAGCAGACAACUUGCUCUAGUAUAUAGGGCUUGCAGUGGUAUAAUCCCCACUGAAGGAUAUGCAGGUCAGGAAGUAGAUGAUGCAAAUAAAAUAUAGUAAAAUAGAAUAUAACUUUAAAAGGUAUAUUUAAUAGUAAUACAAAUAAAAUAUAAUGCUAUAUAAAAUAACACUUAACGCGUUUCGCCAAUGGCUUCAUCAGAAGUGUAGAUAGCUUACAUCAAAAACUUCCUUUAAAUACAUAACUUACAUGAAUAACAUAAUUGUUGAUGUCUUCCUUGUGUGCCUCGGCCAAAAAACGCGCGUAGGCAAAAACCGGAAGUAGCGCGGCGUCCACGUGGGUGUCGGCAGCCAGCGUGGAACGCACGCGUCAAAACCGGAAGCGGCGCGGCGUUAGCGUGUGUGUGUCUCCAUCCACCGUGAAACGCACGCGUCGCGCCGGAAGUGACGCGGCGCCCACGUGGGUGGAAUGCAAAACAUGCGUUCCACCGUGGAACGCAUAACAGCCGCGGCCGCAAUAUAUUCCAAUAAGGGGAUCAAAUACAUAGAAUUGUUCACAGACAAAACACAUGUAUAAAAUAACAAAAUAACUUUUCUUACUUAGUGUAAAAUAGAAAGGUAAAAAAUUCUUAGAGUUCUUUCACCAAGCAAUGCGAACAUCCAACAUUGCACAAAGAAUGUUCCAUCCAUUAAAGGCAUAUAUGGAAGCAGCAGAACAUCUUUUCUUCUUUGGUGUAAAAAUAAAGAUAUAUAGGGUUCAUAGCAUCCUUUUUAUGGAGGCAGUCUUAAACGUCCAACAGUACAUAAAGUAUCCAUCAUUAAUUGCUUGUUGGUCCAGUCAUUUAUAAGGAGAGUAAGUGUAUAGACAAAAAUAAAUGGCCCCAUUAUGAGCAUAUCUUAACAAAGUGUACAUAUAUAAGUAGCACAGAAAUGGUAAAAUUGUAGAAAUAGAUACAUAUAUAUAAAAGAAUAAGAGUGCAUGUAAGAUCAAAUAUGAAACAUAAAAAUAUAUAUAUAUGUAAAAUAAAAAUAUAAUAAUAAAUAUAAAUGCAAUAAAAUAGUAGAGGAGUAGGGUGAAUAGAAAAAAAAAUAGGAUAAUACAAAAUAAGAUGAGGAAGAAAAAAAAACCCCAGAGAUUAUAAAAAAAUAUUUUUUAUAAAAAAUUGAAUAAGUCGAAUUCUAUAUUUAAACCAUCUGGGUGUAGGGUAUUCAUAUUAUAAACCCAUUCCAUCUCUGUACGUCCUAUUUUUUUAGUAUGAUCACCUCCUCUCCAGUGUGAUUUAACAGUGGCAAUACCAGUGAAGGUGAGAUUUUAGGAUCAUUAUCAUGAAUACAGAAAUGGGAUGAAACAGAAUGAUUUUUAAAACCCUUUUCAAUGUUUCUACAAUGCUCAGCAAUACGAAUUUUUAAAGGUCUAAUAGUCCGUCCUAUAUAUUGUAGGCCACAAGGGCAUUCCAAUAAAUAUAUAACGUUUUUACUGUUGCAUGUGAUUAUGUCUUUUAUAUUAUAGGACUUGCCAUUAUUAUUUGAUUUAAAAUUAGAUCUUAGUUUAGAUGCGGGUUUAGUUUUUUUACAUGCAAUACACAUGUUGCACUUAUAAAAACCUUUUAUUUCAUUUAAAAAACUAGCCCCUGUGUUUUUUGCAGGUGUAACGGGGUUUUGGGGGUGCCCCCUAGUGUCUUUGGGGUCCCCAAACCUAGUUAACUCACUAUGCCUGACAGGCGGAUCCUGAGCCUCCGCUAUCUGGGAGCUGGGGUACAUGUCUGCGGCAGUGCCUCCACCCAGUGGAGCAUCCGGGGUAGGGAUGUGGGGUCCCACUGGGAACAUACUUGGUGCAAUGAGACUGACACAGUCUAACUGGGACUAACUUUAUAUGGUAAGUAGCAAUUGAACCAACAUACAUAGGAAAAUACAAUAGAGUAACACAGAUAACAAUGCAAAUGGGGAUUUUCCUCACUCACCCACCAGCACACCUGCGCCCCACCCCCUUAUCUUCGCCCUAGCGGCCGUUGGUGCACAUAGGAGAGUUGGGGCCCUUAUAAGUCCUGCUUCACAGGGUCACUGAAGCAGCCUCAGAUGUGUAAUGUCCGUCACGGGACCUCAGAGUCUUUACUGUGAGUGAGGAGACAGGUGCCCUGUGGCGAUACAGGGAGAGGCUUGGCUUACCCUCACAACACGAUUAACCAGUCAGUCAGCAGCAGUCUCCUCUCACUGGAUUCGCCAGACGUCUGGACUCAGUGCUUGUCUUCUUUCCUUUCCUGCAGGUCCCUCUCUCAGCUGGUGUGGUCUUGGGUGAAACAAGUUCUCUCAGCCAGGUCCUAUCUCUGUGCUACAGUCUCUCACAUGUCCUCUCUCUGGCUCAGCAUGUGGUCACUCUUAGAAUCCUCCUCCCUCAGAGCUGUGCAGAAAGUCCUGACAGGCCCUGCGAUGAUGCCACACUCCUCUCUUGAUUUCAGCCAGUCAUGUGAUCAAAGCUCAAUGUUUUAUUAACAGCAUACUGAGUCCAUGUGCCAUCUACUGGGCAUUUCAGAUAAUGCAGCCUGUGUGCCUGUGUAACUUCACGGGCUACAUGCUCCCCCUUGAAAAUACUUGCCUUCCACUGGCAAGUCCUAGCCAGGGAGCUUAACAAAAAUUCAACAGAAAAAGGUUUAGCAUACCUACAGUACAGUUCGCACAGUAACAUCCUAGCUAGCUAGUUAUUUAGGGUAAACAGUCACUAACAUUUACCACUUCAGCUAGUGCAUGUAGGAAAGUGGCCAUUUUAAAUGCUGCUUGUGUCAGCGGGGCAUAACUGGGCUCUCCUAUAUUAUCAUAAACUAGGGCCCUAGGGGGUUGCCGCACUCUGGUGCUGUGUCUCAGUUCUCGCUGGGGGAGAGGAUCUUGGGACAUCAACUGUGGAACUUCGACUCCUGCCCUCGAAGUAGAGUUUUUAAGGGAAGUUCCAGGCACAAAACAGGGACUUUCUGGAUUCAACCUUGGAGAACUUUGUGACCCAGGAGAGGUUCCGGGACUUUGUGAAACCACAGGAGUUAAAGGAGGCAAUUGUUGUGUUUCUUCAGCGGCUGAUGACCACCACUGAUCCUCUGCACUGGGAGUUCCCGGGGUCUCCUCUGCCCCAUUUCCAGGACUCUCUGCUGGGGUUUCCUCCAGUUCUUCACUACUCUCUUCAUCAGUAUACACAACUGGAAGCAGAUGGUUUUUAUGCCAAGCCUUUAUUCGGCCCUCCGGGCCCCGAAUGUUGUACACUGGCAGUCCUUCCAGUUUGGACACAACCUCAAACAGGGUAUCUUUCCAUCUGUCAGCCAGUUUGUGUUUUCCAGGCACACCUAGAUUCCGGAGAAGAACUUUAUCCCCUGCUUGAAUCUCCCGAUAUCUCACCUUAGCAUCAUAUCUUCUUUUGUUCCGUUCUUCCAUUUUUGCUGCAGCUUGGGUGGCCAACUCGUAGGCCCGACGAAGGUUUUGUUUGAGGUUCCUCACAUAUUGAAAGUGUGAAGUUGAAUCUGUUCCAUCAGGAGACACUCCCAACCGGACAUCUAUCGGCAAUCGAGCUUCUCUUCCGAACAUUAAGAAAUAGGGUGAGAACCCUGUAGAUUCAUGCCUUGUACAGUUGUAUGCGUGGACCAUGGUUUCCACAUGUUUACUCCAAGACCGCUUCUCGAUUUGCUUGAGAGUCCCUAGCAUAUCUAGGAGGGUCCUAUUGAAACGUUCUGGCUGUGCAUCACCCUCCGGAUGAUAAGGUGUGGUUCUGGACUUCUGCACCUGCAACAUGCCUAACAGCUCCUUUAUCAACUUACUCUCAAAGUCUCUACCUUGAUCAGAGUGUAGCCGAUUGGGUAGUCCAUAGUGAAUAAAAUACUUCUGCCAAAGGACUUUGGCUACAGUCACAGCCUUUUGGUCUUUAGUGGGGAAAGCUUGAGCAUAUCUGGUGAAGUGGUCCGUUACCACCAGCACAUUUCCAAUUCCCGCUGUAUCGUCCUCAAUGCAGAGAUAGUCCAUGCACACAAGAUCCAUGGGUCCCGUACUUUUCAGAUGACCCAUAGGGGCAGCUCUCACAGGCAGGGUCUUCCUCUGGAUACACCUCCUGCAUGUCUUUACAUGUUGCUCGACAUGUUCCCUCAUGCGAGGCCAAUAGAACCGAUCUUGUACUAGGCCAUAGGUCUUGUCCACCCCGAGAUGCCCAUGUUGAUCGUGGAGAGCUCUCAGGACCAUGCCACGGUAUCGGUGCGGUAGUACCAAUUGUUUUCUGUCAGGGUGAUCAUGAUACUUCACGACCCUAUAGAGUACUCCAUCUUCGAGAUGUAGUCGGCUCCAUUCUCUUCGGUAUAAUUCUCUUUGAUUCACAGGUAGAGAAGUCAGCAAUUUAGGAUUCUUAGUCUUUAUUGCUCUGAUAACUAUCCCAAUAUACCAGUCCUGCGCUUGAGCCUUCCUCUUGUCUUCUGUGGUUAUACUGGACCACUGUUGAAGCAUGACUGGAGCAUGGAACACCUCAGGCACAGCUUCGGGAGAGUGGCUAAUGGAGUCUAUCCCUCUUAGCUCGGCAAAUUCUUCUUGACUCUCGGCCACCACAUACAUCUGACAAAAGGCUCCUACCCCCGGCCCAGGGAUCUCUUCCCACUCCUCUUCUUCUUGGUGAGGGGGGAGUCUAGGUCUGCGGGACAGGGCAUCUGCGCUGACAUUCUUGGGCCCAGGCUUGUACUUCAGGCUGAAACUGUAGUUUGACAAGGCAGCCAACCACCUAUGUCCUGUAGCAUCCAGCUUAGCUGUAGUCUGGAUGUAGGUAAGUGGAUUGUUGUCAGUCCUUACUUCGAAUGUUGCCCCAUACAAAUAGUCAUGCAGCUUAUCCACGAUGGCCCACUUGAGUGCCAGAAAUUCCAAUUUAUGGACUGGAUAGUUCUUCUCUGCACCUGUAAGACUCCUACUUAUGUAAGCCACCGGCCUCAAUCCUGCUGGAUAACUUUGGUGCAGUACACCCCCUAGGCCUUCCAUACUGGCAUCCACAUGGAGGAUAUAUGGUUUCUCAGGGUCUGCAUAGGCUAAGACAGGAGCUUCUGUAAGUCUCUUCUUCAGCGUCAGAAAGGCAUCUUCACAUCCUGAAGUCCAUUUCUCUCCAAAGGGGUCUUUAGGAUAUGGUGCCUUAACACCCUUUACGUCAGAGAUAAUCUUCAGCAGGUCAUGUAACUCUCGAGCAAUCUUUGAGUAGUCUUUCACGAACCUUCGGUAGUAACCACAGAAUCCGAGAAAGGACCGCAACUCACCGAUGUUAUUUGGUCUUGGCCAAUUCAGCACUGCUUCAAUUUUAGCAGGAUCUGUGGCUACUCCUUCAGCGGAGACUAUGUGCCCCACAUAAGUGACAGAGUUCUGGGCAAAUCGGCAUUUGUCCACUGAUAGCUUCAGGCCUUCAGCUUGAAGUCGAUCCAACACCUUUAGCAAUCUUUGUUCAUGCUCCUCUGGUGUCUUCCCGAAAACAAUUAGGUCAUCUAGAUACACUAGACACUCUUUGGGAUUCAUAUCCCCCACAGUUUUCUCCAUCAGCCUCUGAAAAGUAGCAGGAGCUCCUGUGACUCCCUGUGGCAUUCUGGUAAACUGGAAGAACCCCAAAGGGCAGAUGAAAGCUGUCUUUUCCUGAUCUUCCUUCUUCAUGGGUACCUGAUAAUAUCCAGACCUCAAGUCAAGCACACUGAACCACUGGCUGCCAGAUAGGGCGUUCAGAAGAUCUUCUAUCCGGGGCAAGGUGUACUGGUCUGGCACAGUCCUCUUGUUCAGAGUACGGUAGUCCACACAUAGCCGAACUGAACCAUUCUUUUUCCUCACUACCACAAUAGGUGAGGCAUAGGGGCUCCGGGACUCUGUGAUGAUGCCUGCUCCUUCCAUCUGCUGGAGUAUGUCCCGGACAUCUUCCACAUCUCGAGGGGGUAUUCUUCUUGACCUUUCUCUGAAAGGAGUAGGAUCAGCAAGUCUUAUAGCAUGGGUGGCACUCUUAGAACACCCCACGCCCAUCUCUGCUCUGGAGAACACUCCCUCUCGGGUGGCCAGUUUUGAACGAAGGCUGUCUUUCCACUGCUGUGGUAGGGGAGAAUCUUCUAGAUCAAAAUCUAAAUGUGCUUUCACAUGAUCCGUCUGUUCUGCACUCACAGACAUGAUGGACGAAACUUGAUCUAAAAGGUGUAUUACACCAAUCUUCUGAUGACGAUCAAUCCGGAUUUCCGUGGGGGUUAAAUUCUGUACCAUCACAGGAAAACUCCGACACCACCUUUUUCGCCAAUCUUUUAUCUCAGGUAUGAGAGUCCACCCCUUCUUCUGAUCCUCUUCAGGCAGAGACUCAAUAAGGUAUUGUCCAGUUCCCCCCAACAUUUCAUGGUGCAUUGAGGCUAUGGCUCGUAAGGUUUUGGUCUCACCAGGCUUCACAAAUGCAGGUUCUGUUCCUGAAUAGUGGCACAACCCUGGUUUUGUUGCAAGGGCUAGUCGUCGACACUCUUUUCCUAGGACAGGGCUGACCUCCAUCAGUCGGUCUAAGGAGACAUCUCCCACUUCUGUCAGAUAGGCCCUGAAUACAUCCUGUACCAUCUUUGCAUUAGUACCCAAUAUUAUUGGGGCACACACUUUCUUGGCUGCAGGGCAUAUCAAAGCUUCCAGCUCCAUAGGACAUAUCAUCCCGGUAUUUAACUGGGGAAUAGUUAUGGUCACUUUUAUGCAUCCCUCCACAGGUUGAGCUUGAGACCCAACGCCCCAUAGCUGAAACUCUCCUGCAGGUUCCAUAGGAAUGUGUUUCAAAUGACGUUCAUAGAAGUCUCUGUAGAUAAUGGUGACUUGAGAACCUGUAUCUAGCAAUGCUGAAGCAUGAAUUCCUUCCACUUGCACGUGUAUCAAAGAUUUAGGCCCAAUCUUGGCCCCUACAGAUAGACUAUAUGUAGGCCGGGUCUUCCUUCGCUUGUAAGACCUGGUCAUUUGAGUCUCCCCGAGCUCGGUUGCCAGCACCCCCACAUCCACCUCCAUGGAAUCCGCAGGGCACUCCCGCUGAAAAUGCCCUGACUUUCCACAUUUAAAGCAGUUCCCUCGGCGGGGUGAAUCCUCAGGAAACAGCUUUUUCUGAGUCUUCCUGUGUUGCCCCCCACUUCCAGGGGGAAGAUCUGCUCUCUCUGGUGGUGAUUUGCAUAAAAGCUCCAAUUCAGCCACCUUCUUCCUAAGAGCUGACAGUUCUGUAUUCUCUUUCUCCUUCUGUAGGGGUGGACACAUCUGGUCUUCCAAUCUCCUGGCUGUAUUUAUUAAUGUGGAAUAAGGCAGAACUUUAUCAUCCAACUUGGCUCUCAGCAGAAUCAUAACUGGAUUACUGGUCAAACCACCUCUCUGAAUUUGCUUAGAUAGCCGAGCAUCCAACUCAGAGGCAGUGACUGCUCCUUUAUGGAAUAACUUUCCAAGCGAUAGCUGUAACCGGUUGAUAUAGUCAGUGGCUUUUUCGUGCUCCUUCUGCUUAGUGGCUAGGAACUUAACCAACAGAUCAUCCAAAUCUUCUGAUUUCCCAUAAGCAUCCUGUAAAACUUGUAGAUAGUCGUGCGCAGUAGCUUGCCCAUUUACUCCCUUGUACAGUCUUAUCAUGUCUGUAGCGGGAAAACGAAGACUCUCCACCAACCGCUGUUUCUUUAUGGUAUCCGUACAAGACCAUUCCUCCAACAACUGCAUAGCAUUAUCCUUCCAGACCACAAAAGGCUCCUCUCCUGCAGGAACAGGCUGAUUCCCAGAAAACACCUUUAGUUUGCGGUAACUAUGGGUGUGGUUUGCCGUCACUAUGGCUUCUGAGAGUUUCUGUAGUAUGUCCGAUACAUCACUACCUCCUGUAGGCAGGGUGUGUACUUCAGGGUUGUCUGGUUUCAGUAAUGCUGUAGAUGGAUGAGAUUCUGCUUUAGGAGUAAUCAUCCCCUGUCCUCUAGGAGGAUGGGCAGCUUGUUUAGGGAUGGCUCCAGCCUUUCCGGAGAUGGGGGUCAGGAGCUUAGAAUAAUUUUCUGUGACAUAAUCUUUCCGUUCUAAUUUAAAGGGUUGUUGCAGUGAGACCCUUUCUUUCUUAUCAAGGAGAGCGUACACUAAGGAGCAUCCUCCAUCCGGGGCUCCAUGUAAGUGAAUGUUGGUAGGCAUCUCAUGGUCUCCCAAGCCCGUAUGACAAUAUAUUAACAUGUAAGUUUGGCCUUCAGAAUCCUGCAGGAUAUCUCUGAUGGUCGCCAUUUCUAUUCCCAGUCGAAUUUCUAUACACAAGAUGGCGUGAUUCAUCUCACAGCAGGAUGGGACUUUGCAUAACAUCACAGCUUGCUGUAAUGGUACAUUUAUUUGCUGGGCCCACUGUUUCACAAAGGAGGGAGUGGCCUGAGGACUUAACCUAUUCUCACUGGUUGUACCCCAAUACAUCUCAGCAGUGCCUCCAUCUGUAACGGGGUUUUGGGGGUGCCCCCUAGUGUCUUUGGGGUCCCCAAACCUAGUUAACUCACUAUGCCUGACAGGCGGAUCCUGAGCCUCCGCUAUCUGGGAGCUGGGGUACAUGUCUGCGGCAGUGCCUCCACCCAGUGGAGCAUCCGGGGUAGGGAUGUGGGGUCCCACUGGGAACAUACUUGGUGCAAUGAGACUGACACAGUCUAACUGGGACUAACUUUAUAUGGUAAGUAGCAAUUGAACCAACAUACAUAGGAAAAUACAAUAGAGUAACACAGAUAACAAUGCAAAUGGGGAUUUUCCUCACUCACCCACCAGCACACCUGCGCCCCACCCCCUUAUCUUCGCCCUAGCGGCCGUUGGUGCACAUAGGAGAGUUGGGGCCCUUAUAAGUCCUGCUUCACAGGGUCACUGAAGCAGCCUCAGAUGUGUAAUGUCCGUCACGGGACCUCAGAGUCUUUACUGUGAGUGAGGAGACAGGUGCCCUGUGGCGAUACAGGGAGAGGCUUGGCUUACCCUCACAACACGAUUAACCAGUCAGUCAGCAGCAGUCUCCUCUCACUGGAUUCGCCAGACGUCUGGACUCAGUGCUUGUCUUCUUUCCUUUCCUGCAGGUCCCUCUCUCAGCUGGUGUGGUCUUGGGUGAAACAAGUUCUCUCAGCCAGGUCCUAUCUCUGUGCUACAGUCUCUCACAUGUCCUCUCUCUGGCUCAGCAUGUGGUCACUCUUAGAAUCCUCCUCCCUCAGAGCUGUGCAGGAAGUCCUGACAGGCCCUGCGAUGAUGCCACACUCCUCUCUUGAUUUCAGCCAGUCAUGUGAUCAAAGCUCAAUGUUUUAUUAACAGCAUACUGAGUCCAUGUGCCAUCUACUGGGCAUUUCAGAUAAUGCAGCCUGUGUAACUUCACGGGCUACACAGGUUUUGUGUAAUUUUUUGUAAGAUGCAUCCUUAGGUUGGGCGCUCCCCUAAAAACUAUUUUUGGUCUUUCUGGUAUUAAGUGUCUUCUUUCAAUAAGAAUAGUAUCUUCUUUCAAUAAGUUCCAAUGUCUAUUGAUAAUCUUUUUUAAUUCUUUAUUUUUAUUAUUGUAAUCCAAUAUAACAGGUAGUGAUAUAUUUUGUUUUUGAAUUCUCUUCUUAGUUAAUAGGUCUUUUUGGUUAAUAGACAAGGCUUGAUUGAAAGUAGAUUGGAUGGUGGUUUUAUUGUACCCUUUUUUUAAAAAACUUUCUUUUAUUGUUUCUGCUUGCUGUUUAAAAACUGGGGUUUCUGUACAGUUUCUUCUUAAUCUAAGCAUUUGACUUUUUGGAAUGCUGUCAAGCCAUACUUUAAUAUGGCAGCUUUUAGUAUCGAUAUAAUUAUUGACAUGGACUUGUUUAAAGUGAGUUUUGGUGUGGAUUAUAUUGUUUUUAAUAUAAAUGUUUAGGUCUAAAUAUGUGAUAUGUGAAUCACUAAUUUCUGAGGUUAAAAUUAUGCCUUCUUGGUUGGUAUUUAGGAAGGAGAUGAAUUCUUUAGCUUCAGUAGAAGUUCCUUUCCAUAUGAAGAGGAGAUCGUCAAUGUAUCUUGAAUAGGACACCAGGUUUUUUGCGCAGCCAUGCUCACUCCAGAUAUAUCUGUCUUCCCAUUCCGCCAUAUAGAGGUUAGCAUAAUACCAGAAAGACCAAAAAUAGUUUUUAGGGGAGCGCCCAACCUAAGGAUGCAUCUUACAAAAAAUUACACAAAACCUGCAAAAAACACAGGGGCUAGUUUUUUUAAAUGAAAUAAAAGGUUUUUAUAAGUGCAACAUGUGUAUUGCAUGUAAAAAAAACUAAACCCGCAUCUAAACUAAGAUCUAAUUUUAAAUCAAAUAAUAAUGGCAAGUCCUAUAAUAUAAAAGAAAUAAUCACAUGCAACAGUAAAAAUGUUAUAUAUUUAUUGGAAUGCCCUUGUGGCCUACAAUAUAUAGGACGGACUAUUAGACCUUUAAAAAUUCGUAUUGCUGAGCAUUGUAGAAACAUAGAAAAGGGUUUUAAAAAUCAUUCUGUUUCAUCCCAUUUCUGUAUUCAUGAUAAUGAUCCUAAAAAUCUCACCUUCACUGGUAUUGCCACUGUUAAAUCACACUGGAGAGGAGGUGAUCAUACUAAAAAAAUAGGACGUACAGAGAUGGAAUGGGUUUAUAAUAUGAAUACCCUACACCCAGAUGGUUUAAAUCUAGAAUUCGACUUAUUCAAUUUUUUAUAAAAAAUAUUUUUUAUAAUCUCUGGGUUUUUUUUGUUUUUGUUUUUUUUGGUUUUUUUUCUUCCUCAUCUUAUUUUGUAUUAUCCUAUUUUUUUUCUAUUCACCCUACUUCCCUACUAUUUUAUUGCAUUUAUAUUUAUUAUUAUAUUUUUAUGUUUCAUAUUUGAUCUUACAUGCACUCUUAUUCUUUUAUAUAUAUGUAUCUAUUUCUACAAUUUUACCAUUUCUGUGCUACUUAUAUAUGUACACUUUGUUAAGAUAUGCUCAUAAUGGGACCAUUUAUUUUUGUCUAUACACUUACUCUCCUUAUAAAUGACUGGACCAACAAGCAAUUAAUGAUGGAUACUUUAUGUACUGUUGGACGUUUAAGACUGCCUCCAUAAAAAGGACGCUAUGAACCCUAUAUAUCUUUAUUUUUACACCAAAGAAGAAAAGAUGUUCUGCUGCUUCCAUAUAUGCCUUUAAUGGAUGGAACAUUCUUUGUGCAAUGUUGGAUGUUCGCAUUGCUUGGUGAAAGAACUCUAAGAAUUUUUUACCUUUCUAUUUUACACUAAGGAAGAAAAGUUAUUUUGUUAUUUUAUACAUGUGUUUUGUCUGUGAACAAUUCUAUGUAUUUGAUCCCCUUAUUGGAAUAUAUUGCGGCCGUGGCUGUUAUGCGUUCCACGGUGGAACGCAUGUUUUGCAUUCCACCCACGUGGGCGCCACGUCACUUCCGGCGCGACGCGUGCGUUUCGCGGUGGAUGGAGACACACGCGCUAACGUCGCGCCGCUUCCGGUUUUGACGCGUGCGUUCCACGCUGGCUGCCGACACCCACGUGGACGCCGCACUACUUCCGGUUUUUGCCUACGCGCGUUUUUGGGCCGAGGCACACCAGGAAGACAUCAACAAUUAUGUUAUUCAUGUAAGUUAUGUAUUUAAAGGAAGUUUUUGAUGUAUGCUAUCUACACUUCUGAUGAAGCCAUUGGCGAAACGCGUUAAGUGUUAUUUUAUAUAGCAUUAUAUUUUAUUUGUAUUACUAUUAAAUAUACCUUUUAAAGUUAUAUUCUAUUUUACUAUAUUUUAUUUGCAUCAUCUACUUCCUGACCUGCAUAUCCUUCAGUGGGGAUUAUACCACUGCAAGCCCUAUAUACUAGAGCAAGUUGUCUGCUCUAGCAAAUGUGAGUAUAUUACUUUCAUUUAUUUAUUCAUACUUGGAGCUGGAACUACUAUACCAUUGGAGUUUCUUCUUUUCCAUUUUUAUUUGUACCACCACACCAUCGGAGUGCCAAAGACGUUGGACCUCUAAUCCCAAGACGGGGAUUGUACCGUCCAUGCAAAUCACGGUAGAGCUCCCAUAAUAGCUCUACCAAAUGUGAGUUUAAAAUACCUCCGCUCUAUUCAUUACUUUUUUCUAAUAUUGUUAAACAUACCACACUAUUGUAUAUUUUCUCUUUGUGUUCUCUUUUUGAGGAUAUAUUCACAACCACCAAGAGACAUCAAGUGUAUCUAUAUACAACUUAUGUAAGGCGCGGUUUCCUCUUUUCCUUUUCUAUAAAGUUGUUCUGGUGCCUAUAGUUACCCUUGAGGUUUGCAGGGUUAUUUACUAAAGUGGGAAUUCAACAUGAAUUUUAAAUUUAAAUUUAGGCCAGAAAAGCAGAACUAAGAGCAUAGCAGACUUAGAGCCAGUUUGACUAUUUCUACCCUAAAUUUGUAAAUCACUUCUGAAUUCUCAAUUUAGUAAUGAACCCUGUUUUUCUAAACUUUAACAAAGUUGUAAUUAAAAGGCACAUUUUAUAUUGAAAAGAAGUGCUGAAUCAUUCCUAAAUUUGCAUGGGCCAAAAAUUUGGUUAGUUUUGACACUUCCGAAAUUCAGGGCUCUGGCAAUUCGGCACUUCGGUUCGAUUCGGCACUUCCGAAAUUCAGGCUCUUUGGGAAUUCGUCAAUUUCGGAUUUCAGGACAUCAUGAUUUGGGCACUUUGGGAACUCGAGACUUUGGCAAUUCCAUAACUCUUCCCUUAACCAUGACCCUAACCCUACCUCUAACCCUACUCCUACCCCUAACCCAUAACCCUAACAAUACCCCUAAUCCUACCCCUACUAGGGUUAGGGGUAGGGUUAGAGGUAGUGUUAAGGUUAGAGGAAGGUUGGAGUAAGGGUUAGGUUUAGGGUUAGUGUGAGGGGUAGGGUUAUGGGUAGGGUCAGAGGAAGGUUGGAGUAAGGGUUAGGUUUAGGGUUAGUGUUAGGGGCAGGGUUAGAGGUGGUGUUAAGGUUAGAGGAAGGUUGGAGUAAGGGUUAGGUUUAGGGUUAGGGUUUGGGGUAGGGUUAGGCUUAGUGGUACAGUUCGGGGUAGGGUUAGGGUUAGAGGAAAGUUGGGGUAGGGUUAGGUAUAGGGUAAGGGGUAGGGUUAAGGCUAGGGUUAGGAGUAGGGUUAGGGUUAGAUUCCUGUCACCAUUCCCUUAAAUUUUACCUCCCUCUCUUUGCCACUCUUCAGAAAUCCGAAGCACUUCGGUAAUUCAGAACUUCAGCAGUUCAGUUCGCCAAUUUCGGAAAUCCGAAUUUAAAUUUAAAUCCGUACUGAAACGAAUUGCAAAUGUCUACUAAUUAGUUUAAAAAAGCUGGUGGACAUAAGUAGAUUGAAAGGCAUUAGACAUGAGCCCAAGUAUGAGUUUGUAGUUAUGAUCAACUGUAGAUUAGAUCAUCUCUUGAUAGUUAUUCCUUCAGUUAUUUGCAUAUUGUUUUGAUGCUUCAAAAGAUCACUGCUAAUGAUGUCCGGAAAUUAAUUUUCCAAAUGUCGCCUUACGUGGACCUUUGGUUGGAAGACAAUCUUGGGGAAUGUGGUCCAGCAGAUUGUGGGACAUUCAAGAUUGGUCCCCAAUGUACUAAACACUUUGAACUGUUUCCCAUUACAGUUAUGCCCAGCUGUGGACCUCGUACUGUCAAUAGUAAAUGAAAAGAUGUGUACGAAAAACAGUAAGUUUAUAAACACAGUGACAAACAUUUUAUUCCAUGCAAGAGAUCAUAAUGUAUCUUAACAGGCAACCCCCAACUAACAAAGAAUAAAAAAAUAUUUCUUUAAUCUAAGAAAGGAAGGAGUUACUGCUUUCGGGAAAGAGGUUAUUACAUUGAUAUUUUAGUCAUAGCAAGUAUACAGGGGCGUAUUAGCCGCGAGGCAAACAAGGCAUUUGCCUUGGGCGGCAUUUUUCAGGGGGCGGCAAAAAACGCCGCCCCCCAAAUGCCCAGGGCAAAUGCCUAGUUAGCCUCGCGGCUAACUGACAUCCCGAGCGGGCGGGCGGGCGGCGCUGGCAGGCGGGCGGCUGGCGAGGGAGCACUUCCUAUGAGCUGACUGCUCAGCUCCCUCGCGCGCCGCAGAGUGAGGCUGGGAGCCGGAAGAUGACGUCAUAUUCCGGCUCCCAGCCUCACUCUGCAGCCGGCGUGCAAGGGAGCUGAGCAGACAGCUCAUAGGAAGUGCUCCCUCGACAGCGCCGCCCGCUCGCCCUGCAGCCACUGGACCACCAGGGAGAGAGACCCCCCCCCAGCACUCCCAAAGGUAAGGAGGCUGGGGGGGGAUUUAAAUUUAAAAAAAAGUUAAUGUGUUUGUGUGUGACUGUGUGUGUGUUUGUGUCUGUGUAUGUGUCUGACUGUGUAUGUGUGUGUGUGUGUGUUUGUGUCUGACUGUGUAUGUGUGUGUGUGUGUUUGUGUCUGACUGUAUGUGUGUGUGUUUGUGUCUGACUGUAUGUGUGUGUGUUUGUGUCUGUGUGUGUGUUUGUGUGUCUCUGACUGUGUAUGUGUGUGUGUGUGUGUCUCUGACUGUGUAUGUGUGUGUGUGUGUGUGUGUUUGUGUAUGUGUCUGACUGUGUGUGUGUGUAUUUAGAAGGUGGGGCGGGGGGAAGGGUUGGGUGGGGGUGGCGCGGGGGCAGGGGGGCGCCUGAGUUUUGUCCUGCCUAGGGCAGCACAAAACCAGGAUACACCACUGCAAGUAUAACAGGCCUCCUUUUGUUUCAAAUAAGACAACACAUUUUUCAAAAGUGUUACAAAUUUUGAGAUGUUUUCUUCAACUUCAAUAUAAGUUUCAAACACACAUUUUGAAAUCAUAGUAGAUUUAGCCUAGAAGGCAAGUAUAGUAUAAUUACCUCGCUGUGAGGUUUGGCCUUAGCAUGCUCAAAAAUGUCAUAUGUGCAUCAUGUCUGUAAACAUGUACACAAGUCAGGCUUUGUGUAGGGACUCCAUCUUAGAAAGCAUUCUAAAUCCAGUAAACUCCACUAAGGGAGGACAUCAAAAGAACAUCACUUGCCACUCACAGGCAAAUUUAACGUGUAGACAUGGUGUCUAACAUCAGAGGAAACAGGGCAUGGAUGUCAAACUUGCAUGCGGGCCACAAUCUUUGCAGCCCAGCAAAGGUAUUCAUUGCAAAGGGGACCUGGAGGUGCACAUAGGUGAGUGGAGGCGUAUGAAGGUGGGACGGAGGCGCAUGGAGGCGGGCUGAAGUGCGCAAUGUUGCCUUUCGCCUCCAUCAAUGCUCCUUCACGAGGUUUCAGCUCUGGCACAGGGUGCAGACGGCACCAUUGGGGGUAUAGAUGCAGGAAUCUGGAUUCAUAUAUAUAAUGAAAUUGGAGUCAGUGUCCAGAGGCUAAUAUUGUUUUUUGUUUGUUUGUUUUUUUAAACAGUGGCUUAGAUUUAGUAGAGGGGGGGUUUAGAAGAGGGGGGUGGGUGUUUAGUAGAGGGAGUGGGAUUUGGUAAAUUCGGGGCCGGGGUUUAGUAGAGGAGGGCUGGAGUUUGGUAGGGGGGUGCUGGGGUUUUGUAGAGGUGGAGGCUGGGGUUUUGUAGGGGGAGGGAGAGUUUAGUGGAGGGCAGGGCCCGAGCAUCCAUAAGGCAGGUUUAGUUGAGGAGGGCGGCUGGGAUUUAGUUGAGGAGGGGGGGCUGGGGUUUAGUAGGUGUGCUGGGGUUUAAUAGGGGGGCUGCAGUUUAUUAGAGGUUUUUUUUAGAGGAGGGGCUGGAGUUUAGUACAACAUGUACAAUAUUUACAUGAAAAAUCUAUUUGUAGAACUGUUUGUCUCACCUGUAAGAGUCAACCUUUGCUAAUUCUCUCUGUUCAUUUUAGUCAGUUUCCCAUUUGGAAAAGUUGGAAGUCUGCUGUACUCGGUGUCUCUAUUGCCAACAGUAACAGAGGAACAUAUUGAAAUUGAGUUUAAUGUAGGUUUAACUCAUCAUAUUGUCCAAAUAUAUCUAAACGUCACAACUGAAUGUAUAAAUAUAUACAAAAUAUUGGAUGCAUUUUUAACUAAAAAGAAAUUAACAAUAUAGUGUAAUAGUUAUUAAAUAAGUAGAUUUAGACCUGAGUUAUUCAAUAAAGUUUAAUUUAUAUACCUUGUUCUUUUAUACUAAGGGACCUACUUUGGUCUUAUGUGCCUAGGCACACUAGAAUAUGGUUAUAUAACUCUAAAAAGAAACUAACAGUAUAUAGUGCAACAGGAUUAGCACGCUUUGUAAAGUAUUCAAAUCUACAAAAUCCCAAAGUCCUUCAAGUAAGAAACACUUUGAUCUACAUACCUUCAGCCCAAAUAUAAUGAGAGGGAACUGGAAUGUUAUAACAUCGGGGGUUCUACCAAAAAACAAUAACAAAAUAUAAAAACUUACAAUCUUACAAAUCUAAACACAAUAAAACAGUAAAGGAAAAGUAAAUAAAGUAGUAAAUUGCACACUGGUAAGUGAUCUAACGUAGUUGAUGUCUCAUAUAUGUUCCUAAAGCUAUAGUGUUCCAGUCCCUAGUCUUUUUCAGUUCCCCCAGCCAGUUGCUGUGAAAUGAAUUAAAUAAAAAUGUUACUUAACUUUUUCCUGAAGUUGUUAGCUCUUCUCCUUUAGUGAUACCACAUCGAAGCAUGGCCUCCUCCACCGAUCGUCCAAUCCAAUGCUCCAGCUUUGGAGACCUAAUCUGCACGUGUGGUGAGCGCCACACAUGCAAUCAAGCUUUCACCAUAGAAAAGCAUUGAAUCAUUGCGUUCCUAUUGGGCAUCUGCAGUAAUAAGUUUCAAUGCACGCACUCUCACGUCGGAGCUGCCAGCAUUGAAUAUAGCGGAUAUUAGAUGUGCUCAUACAAAAUGUAAGGACAUCUAAUGUUGGAUAGCGGAGUUUUACUCCACUAAAACCAGGAAGCACGUUCUAGUGGUUGUAGCGGUGGGAUUAUCCCAGAAACAAUAUUGUGGUUUCCCCCGAAAUGAGGUGGUCUGGGUGCCUAUGGUGUCCCUUUAAUCGUUGGUUGAGAUGAUAUUCUUUUAUAAAAUGCAAAACUAGUUCUAACACUAAAGAAACCAACACAGAUAUAACUGCUUAAUUCUUCAAACUUUUCUGAACAUUAGAAUCAUUGCACACUGUCAUUCCUGGCAGGCCACAGUGAAACAAGGUGAUGUCCUCAUUCAGCCAUCGAAAAACGCAACAGAGAUAUUUGAUUUGCCAUCAAAUCCUGGAGAAACAUCAUUUUUUCUAAAAGAUGAUUUCCUCAGCUGUGCCUUCACUGCUCUGCAGCAGGAAGGGGUGUUCAACCUGAUUGCUACGGAAAGCGAGGUAAAAGCACAGUUAAAGAGUACAAUGUAGGCAACAGCAGUUCAAACUAGAUGGUACAAUUCAACUGCAAUUUGCAGUGGUAAUCUAUACCCUUCUAUCAUGUUGAUUUUUGCAGGGAAACAGCCUAAAUGUUUUACUUUUUUCAGUAGAUAAAUUAUGUAAAAAAAUGUAGGUUACAAGGACUAUUUAUGGAAUUUCUGCAAUUAGUUCCUUUCCUUGCCCUGGAGUGCAUGUUGGGUAUAUUAUUAAGCAGUAAAUAACAGGCUGAUGCAAGGUAAGCUUGGCAUAGUCCAAGAGACACAUUUAAUUUAAAGGGACACUCUAAGCACCAAAAGAACUUCAGCUUAAUGAAGCAGUUUUGGUGUAUACAUCAUGCCCCUGCAGCCUCACUGAUCAAUUAUCUGCCAUUUAGGAGUUUAGUAAUUUUUGUUUCUGUUUAUCCAGCCCUAGCCACACACCCUCACAAAGCCUACAUGAAAAAAAUGGUUCUUUUCAAUCAGUACAUUGUGGUUACUUUAGAAGUUCCUGCAAGGUGCAGGUUAUUAAUAGAGCAGGAGAUACGAAAUUAAACUGACGUUGCAAUAAUGGACAUUUAAACAUUAGAUCUCUGUUUCCAGGAAGUGUGCAGGGAGACUUUCUAGGUCACAUGAAUUGGAGGUGGGAUUAGGGCCCUAUAAACAAAAGCAUUUAACACUUUAAUAUCAGAUAAUUGAGCAAUGAGACUGCAGGGGAAUGAUCUAUACACAAAAACUACUCAAUCAAGCUAACAAGUUGUUUUGUGCUUGUAGUGUACCUCUUAAGGGUUUGGUUUAAAUUAAGCCCUCGUUACCCAGCUUAUAAGAGGUUGUUGUGGUUACAUGACUCUAGCUAUUAACAAAGGUAUAUUGAAUCAUAAAGAAAAAAAAACUUUCAUCCCACUGCAGAAUGGAACAAGUCCAAGCUUCAGCAAGCCAUCUUUUUUGAAAAGCAUAGAAAUCUGCAACAUAUAACACAUCCAUAUUAUUUUACAGGACUCACAGACAAAUCAGGUGUAGUUUAGAAUAAACAGAUCCUUCUGGAACUUUGGGUUUUAUGGACAGUGUUUAUGAUGCACUGCUAGACCAGGGAGGAUUUCUGUAACUAACUGGCCACAUUCUAGGAAUGAAAAGGCACACAACCAAAGAGAGAAGUGCAAGGGCCACUGGUCAUGGCACCACACCAAGGGAAUCCACUGAAGAAAGGAAGAAGACUAGACACACAAUAUCAGAAUAACUCAGCCUGGGAUUAUAUCUACGUGUGACUAGUCUUCUUCUUUUGUUCUCUAAGAGUAAAUGGUCCUGGAGCUUCAGCUCCAAUAGCCUCUAAGUUGGUCUUAGCAGCCAACGUGGAAAGUGUAUAAAGUUAAAGUAACCCACCCACCAUUUAAUGAGCGAAUCAAUCACAUUAUCUACAUAUUAAAUACAAAAGCAAAAAUAGCAAACCCCAAAUAUAACAAUGUACAAUAUCUGUGCAUAAGCAAUAAAGACAAAGAGCAGGGACAGACCCCACCAAUGUUCCGAUAACAGACAAACGCUUCUUAAAGGACAUUAUUUUGGGUUUGCUAUUUUUGUAUUUGGCUGUAUUUGUAUUUUUGUUUUCAGUAAAUACAUACAUAAAGCAAUUAUAUCUGCUCAUUGAAGUCUGGUCUAUUAUUACAUGGAAGGUUACUUGCACACAGAGAUAAUCUGUUGUUGUGCAUCCUCAGUGCUAUAAUUUAACAUUUUGUUGUGAUUUAGUGUACACUCCUGUCUAUUUCUCCAAAGUAUUUUUAACACAGCUUUCCCAUUUAUGUCUUUAGCUCGCAGAUGCAGCAACAAUGUCAAUAUCUGCCUUAAGUGAUGUUAUUCCCGAGGUUAGUAAACUGCUGACUUUGCCUUGUCAUACAUUGCAAUAUUUAUGUUACUUAAUCCAUACUGUUGCAAAAAGAAACACCUGUACCUAGGGACAAUCAUAGGGUCACAGAUGCCUGGGUGCAGAAAUUGUUUUGGUGCCCCCCAGGUGACAGACACACUCACUGACAGACGCACACACACUGAUAGUGUGUGCGUGUCUGUCAGUGUGUGCGUCUGUUCAUGCAUUCGUCAGUGCACGCAUCAGUGAGUGUGUGUGUGUCUGUCAGUCAGUGUGUGUGUCUGUCAGUGUGUGUGUGCAUCUGUCUGUCUGUGUGUGUUGUGUGUGUCUCUUAGUGUGUGUGUAUCUGUCAGUAUGUGCAUCUCUCAGUGAGUGUUUGUCUUAAUGAGUGUGUCUAUCUGUGAGUGCCUGUCAUUGAGUGUGUAUUUCAGUGUGUGUGUCUGACAGACACAUGCUCACUGAUAGACACACUCAAAAAAGCAGAUUUUUAUCUGUGCUAUUAUACCUAUGCUAUUGAGGUAUUUUUUAAAUAUAAAAGAACGUUUAUGCCUGUGCUUAGACAUCUCAGAUAUUUUAUGCAUAUCCUUACUGUUCAGUCACUGACAGAGUAUUAAAAUUUUGUUUUUUACUAGUUCUCCGUACAUUGCAAAGUAUUCAUUAUUUAUUUACAAAGAAAGCUUUCUAGUUUCCAACAGAAUUUCAAGAUUUCAAGAUAACUAUUAGUGUGGAUAAACCAGCAGAGAUUACUCUGGAUCCAUCAAAAGCUCUCCUUCAUCUUUACUCUAACUUUGAAAUGACUGCAUCUCCUUCACCAGAUUCCGAACCUCUGUCUAUAUUUGUGAUAAAUCUGGUAGGUUGUUUCCAUAAAAUGUAUGUCUAUGCCACUCUGGUCAUUGGUUUUGUAUCAUUUCAAACCCCAAACAAUUUCAUUUUAGUGUAUCCAUAUAAUUUUUUGGGGGGUAUGAAGAUGAGGUGGGGAGGUAAAAACUUAACUGUUAGUUGUGCUGAGUUGCUAACCAGGUACUAAAAUGCAGACAAAAAACUUUUACUGAUGUUUUUUUGUUUUGUUUUCUAAAUGUGAGCCUACUAAUUGUGGGACAAGUUGGUUAAAAGCUCAUCGCGAUACUCUGCUUAGUGGAUGAAUGGAUGAGAUAGAUAGGUGUAAAGAAUUCUUUGAAUAGUACUGAAAAUACAGAAAUCUAAACACAAGAAAUUAAAAAAUUAAAAAACUGAAUACAGUAUUGAGCUACAAAUAAGUUAUUGCAAUUAGCCACCAAUUCAGAUUAUUACAUACAGUGAUAAACUUUAGACAUGUGCACCAGUGAAAUCUUCGUUUAGUACAAAUGAUUUUGCAAUAAAUAAAAAUGUCAUUUGUCAACCCCGAAUUUCAUCUGCAAACCCUUCGUUUUCAAACUAAAUUAGUUAAAAAAUUAUUAGUUUUCGUCCAUUAGGACGAAAACAGCAUUGCGCAUGCGCACAAAAAAAAAAAAACAGAGAGGGAGCCGGCAGCGCAACCAGCUCCUUCAUUGCAAUAAAUAACUAUGCCACGAGUAGGGGCAUGUCGUCUAAACAAAUUUAAAAGUACUAGUGACUGGGCAGCAAUUGCUGCCUAGUCACUCAUGCAAUAAGGGGGGACCUGGCACAGGUUAAAUCCUGCCGCAUGCCCCUACCUGUGCCAGGUCCCCCCGUGUAGUAGGGGCAUGUCGCCUAAACUGGAUAUAAAAUCUGUCUUUUAUAUAAAAGUGAUAGAGAACUACGAUAAGAGAACAUGUAACCAUAAGUUAUAGCAAAAACUAUAACAAUGUUGCAAUAUGAAAAAGUAGCUAUUUAGAUCUAAAUAGCUACUUUUAACACGUACUCUUACCAUAGCUCUAACACUUCUAUAUAGGAUACAUUUAUAUCCAGUUUUAAAUGCUAUUGCUGCCCAGUCACUAGUGCAAUAAGUGGGGACCUGGCACAUAACACGGUGAUUGGUUGCUUUUCAAUUUGAUGCAGGAGGAUUUAACCUCCCUUUUCUUAAUAUAGGGUCAUAGUGACCUCCAUAGAUUUUAAUGCACAGGGAGGGGGGGUAGUAAUAUUUAUUUAUUACAAGGAGGGAGCUGGUAGCGCUGCCAGCUCCCUCCAUGGUUUUUUUGUGUGUGCAUGCGCACUGUUAUUUCUCCGUGCUGUGAAGGUUAAUUCCCCUGCAGCACAGAGUCUAUUAAACAAACUAAACGAAAAGGUAAUGCAUUCGGCAUUUGCCCUUUCGUUUCAUUUAUAUUUCGUUUGUAGGGCUUUCGUUUACGUUUUAGUAAACAAAUACGAAAAAACCUGUAUUUUCGCACGAAAUCAUAUUUGUAUGAAAAUGAAUGCACAUGUUUAAAACUUUUCCAGAAAGAUUCCAAAUCUCUUAAAUAUUUUGCCUUUAUUGUUCUCACAUCUAAUACAUUGAACAAUACGUGCAGGUUACACACAAACAUAAUGUUGAUCUGAUGAACUGGCAAUUAAUUGGCUCCUUUCUGUUGAUUGGCUGUAUUGACAAGUAUUUAUCCUGUUUACAGCAUAUGAAUUUCCAAAUCCAGUUCUCCGUUGAUGAAAAAACAUUGCAUUUUGAUCUUUCUCCAGACAAGUAAGAAAAUGGAAUGACCAGUCAACAUUAUUCCACAUUUACAGGGAUCAUAUAGGGUACAGAUAUUCCAAGAGGGUCUCCAGGCUACAUUUUGCUAGAUUGCAGGCAUUGCAUCUGAAGCACACAUCGCCAUGGGUAUACCCCUAACCAAUAUCCCAGGAAGAAGUUAACCAUGUUGAUUUUUCUUACCACCAAUGAGAAAGAGCCUCUUUGUCUCUAUGCCACUACCACACUGGCCACUUGGACUUUGCAGCCCCUGGACCUGUACAGGGCUGGAUUUCCCAUUAACCCCUUAAGGACACAUGACGGAAAUAUUCUGUCACGAUUCCAUUUUAUUCCACAAGUUGUGUCAUUAAGGGGUUAAGCAAAGAUGGCACCUGACAAAUAGUGGGCACCUGCUUUCAGCAUUGAUAGUGUGCCUUUUUGAGCUUAAAUUGGCUGGUGGGGAGAGAUAAGUACCAAGAGCCUUGGCCAGUGUCAUCUACAGUCUAGUCAGCCUUAAUAACAGACUUGCAAGAACAGUUAUAGAGGGUGUAUCACACAGUGCUGUCCCAGCUCCUUGGUGUCUGUGUGUGAGGCUGGACAUCUUCCCGCUAGUAACCAGGAAAUGCCUAGCAGAAGGAGCAGGGGAAGCUCUCAGUAACGCACACUAUAAAACCACUCCAGCAGCUAUAAUAUCAUCAAUUUAACUGGACUACAGAACCCUUCAAACCAGUGGCGUACAUGCGACCCGGUAUGUACCCACUGCUGGCCACGUCAGGGCCCCCCGAGGCUGGCCCUGGUAUCGCUGGCGGGCGCGCAAGGGAGCACUCUCCACUGAGUGCUUCCUCUUCAGCUCCCUCGCGCGCCGCACUGAUACUGGAGCCGGAAGAUGACGUGGGAGCUAAAGAGGAAGCACUAAGGGGAGAGUGCUCCCUCGCGCGCGCGCCAGACAGACAGCCCACAGGACCGGCCGCCCAGGAGCCCAGCAGCACCACCUAACCCCAGGGAAUCCCCUCAGCACUCCAAAAGGUAAGGAGGCUGGGGAAUUAAAUUUUAAAAAAACAUGUGUGUUAGUGUUAGUGUGUGUGUGUUAGUGUGUGUGUGUGUGUGUGUGUGUGUGUUAGUGUGUGUUUGUGUGUGUGUGUGUGUGUGUCAGUGUGUGUGUGUCAGUGAGUGUGUUACUGUGUGUGUCUGUUACUGAGUGUGUUUGUGUGUGUCUGUUAGUGAGUCUGUUUGAUGUCUGUUAGUGAGUGUGUGUUUGUCAGUGAGAGUGUAUGUUUUGUAAGUGAGUGUGUAUGUAUGUCUGUCGCUGAGUGUGUCUCUGUCAGUAAAUGUGUGUGUCUGUUAGCUAGUGUGUAUGCGUCUGUAAGUGAGAGUGUGUGUCUUCAGCACUUACCUUUCUCCAGCGCCGGACUCCCUUGGCGCUGGAGAUCCCUCCGCCUCUCAGCUCCGAAUGAGAAUGAGUGGCAAGAGCCGUGCGCGCAUUCAAACCAUCCAUAGGAAAGCAUUACUCAAUGCUUUCCUAUGGACAUUCAGUGUCUUAGAAUCGCAGAAGCUCCUCUUGCAGCUGUCAAUGAGACAGCCACUAGAGGCUGGAUUAACCCUCAGUGAAACAUAGCACUUUCUCUAAAACUGCUAUGUUUUCAGCUGCAGGGUUAAAACUAGAGGAACCGGACACUCAGACAACUUCAUUGAGCUGAUGUGAUCUGGUUGUCUGUGGUGGUCCUUUAAGUGUGUGUGCAUCUGCAUGCACUGGCAUACACACCGCGGUCGCAGGGGUCGCAGCCCUGCAACCCCUGCGACCAGGUGCCCGCCGCCAUGUGUUGCGGCCCCGGCCCGCGCAGAGUAAGCGCGGGGGGAUCCCACAGAUCAAUUUUUGCACCGGGGCCCCAUGGGCCAUGUGUACACCACUGCUUCAAACUCCCGCAUUAAAAAGCUAAAACCUGAAAAUAAACCCUUUACCUUAAUCCUGUGUUUAACUCCUCUUAAAAACUAAACACCUCAUGCACCCCAUAACGAAAUUUAACCCAAUUCUAGCACUAAACUCAUUAAAUCCUAAACAGCCUUUAUACUACAACUUUAAUGUCAAACCGUUAAUCUUCUUCACAAUAAACACCCUAUGUAAUCUAACUCUGACAUUAACCCCUCUCAAACCUUGAAACAUCCUUUUUUAUAAUUACUUUUUUUCAAAGAGAAGUGGCAUCCAGCUUCUGAUGUUGAGUUGCAGUCAUUUCAAAGUUGAGAAGGACACAGUGCCACCGGUCAGUGGCACCACUGAUUGAAUAGAGCAGUCAGCUCUAAGCCAAGCAGUGGCUCCCCAUUCAUAAAAAAGGUUCAUAUCUUUUUAUGAAUGAAUGGGAGCUACUGAUUGGCUUAGAAUGUCAACUGACUGUUUUAGCCAAUCAGUGGUGCCCCUGCCCUCAGUUUCAGAAGCCAAAUUCCACUAGUUGAACUGCAGAUCCAGAACUGGAGGCAACCUUUGUGGUUAAACCCUUCAAGAAUGGUUUAAUCCCUUGAGGUAAGAAAGAACCCUGGGGCCUUCUAGCACCAUAACAACAUAUUAGAUACACAUAAUGGAUACCCAGCAGACGUACCAAUACAAAAAGCACAUUCAUGGACACACAACUAAACCAUAACUACACAAAAAAGUUAACAAUAUAAAUAAAUUGCACGCUCUGUGUCCCUCAGAAGAAACACAGUUAGACAUAAUGUAGGUUCUUAUGCUUGUGAUAGAUUACAAAAGCAGUCUUAAACUAACACUUCCAAAGCUCCAUUCUCAUACCUAUGUAUAAGAAGCCUUUUGAAAAAAAUAACGAACAUUUCUGCAAACUAUUUGACUUCUACGGAAGCAGACAAUCAGCGUUGAAGAUAGAUCACAAAACUUUGCAAAUUAAUAGGAAAGAUGUAAGAAAUAGGACCACAACACUUAGCUACAUUGUAGAUCAGACCACAAAACAGAGCCUCUCAGAGCUGUUAGAACUACUCCAACUCCCACUGCUCUUGGACAAAGCGCUAGUAUUCAAUAGCCAAUAAAACAGUAAUUUAAUAGAUUAUUAGGCUGGCAUUUCUACCUGUAUCAAUAGAUUAGGACAAACUGAUUCAAAUAUAAUUUACAUCACAGUAACAUAUUAAUCUACUCAUCAGUUAAGAUGCACACUUCAUAAUGGGUAUCCGAAAGUCACACAUUAUCACAGUCAACAUUCAUAUACAUAGAAUGAACUGCUAACAGCUGCAGUAUUCAGAACAUAUUAUUGUAGUGUUCCAAUUUUAGUUUGUAUCAUAUUUAUUUUAGGGUUUCUUAUGUAUACAUGGAUUUCCUUAAUUACCUUAUUACUUAAUCUACUAUAGUUUUGUUUAUAAAGAAGGGAUCCCUUUAUAUAGCGUGCUCUAGUCUUAGAUAUGCGUGUUAAACUUGCAUUAACAAAUUGCUCUGUACCCUGUCUAUAAAAUUUCUCUCUGAGAUGAUGCUACAUCAACAUAAAUCUUAUAGAAAUUGAGCAAAUAUUUGGACCAGGUUACACAGACAUGGUGUCAUCUACAUUUUUCAGAGCUUUCAGAGACUCAACAUUUUUAUGCUAGACCAUGUUAGGCAUGACAAACCUUUGAAUGGACCGGUCAAGUUCAGUGUCAAAGAACCAUAAUAACGCAGGUGUCACCGUUGUCCAUGAUUGUCUGAUCCAGAAUACAAGCCUGACCACACUUCAAACACAACACACAGGGAGUCUACAGAUGUGGUCACAAGGAAUAAAAUCUCAGCAUUCCCGUACAAUAAUUUUAUAGAUUUUCACAAGCUAAAAGUACACAUAUAAUGUGAGACAUAUUAGUCAUAAUAGGGAGUAUAUCCUUAAAGAUUAAACUACAGAGAAUCUUACAGCAUAUGUAACAAGUAAUGUACUGGAUCAUUUAAAGUACCUGUAGCAGGUAAAAGUUAGCUUACAGCUCCAAAUGAAGCAUGUGUUGGAACGCUGAAAAUGUAGAUGUGGCUAAGGUCUCUAAUUUACAAACAAAAUAUAUUGACAGUAUGGAUCCUCUGCAACAAACAUAUAGGGCUGGGAAAAUGGGGUGGUUGAUGUUUUACACAGUAAAUCCCGUAUGGGGACUUAACUUUCAAAUACUAAUGAAGUGACAUGUCCUAGUAUGAAAGUACUAGGCUCAUCAUGCAGACAAUGCCACACAAUCACACUAUCCGACUCUCAUGGAAAGUGUAGUGGGAUUAUGGUAUAGAAUUAAUAAUCAUACCAGGCACACGGAUCCCAUGUGACAUACACAACAGUAAAACAGAAUAAAAAAAUUAUACUUUAUAAAAUAGGAGAUUGGAGAAACAGGCAGAGAAAAAUAGUAAAUAGGAUUAGGGGGAUUUACCCUUGUCUCUUAUCUACUCUACACCCUCCCAACCUACACACACACAUUAUAUAUAUAUAUAUAUAUAUAUAUAUAUAUAGUGUUCAAGUAGAGAUUGUAGCCGUAUUAGUCCAGUGAUGUAGAUGUAAAAAACAGAUAAAAUUCUUAUCUUGUAAUACCUUUUUUAUUGGACUAACAGAAUUUUUUAAUGACAAGCUUUCGGGAGAACCUCCCUUUCUCAAAUGCUUCAGACUUGAGAAAGGGAGGUUCUCCCGAAAGCUUGUCAUGAAAAAAUUCUGUUAGUCCAAUAAAAAAGGUAUUACAAGAUAAGAAUUUUAUCUGUUUUUUACAUCUAUAUAUAUAUAUAUAUAUAUAUAUAUAUAUAUAUAUAUAUAUAUAUAAAGGACAUAUGUUGGAAAACAAAAUUAGCUGAUCCACUUUUGACGCUGCAUACUGUGGGUCUUCUCCUCAGUUACUACUGAAGAAGUCUUCUCCUUAAAUAUGUGGAGAAGACUGCUCCUCUGACGUUGCAGAAGAGACUUCACCUGACCACAGUACGCCGACUGCCACAGCAGACACCACAGCCGGGUUGUCCCUGCGCUCACCCCACUCUAAAGUUCAGCCACGAAGAGAUGUAG